AUGUGUGUAGAAGCCAAUCGUUCCACCCUUUCUCUUCCAAUCUUCAAUGGAGAAAACUAUGACUUCUGGUCCAUCAAAAUGAAGACCUAUUUUCGGUCACAAAGUUUACGGAGAAUCAUUGAGGAAGGAUUCUGCAUUGCUGAAGACACCUCUACUCUUUCAGCAAAUCAAAAGAAGAUCUAUGAAGAGAAUCAACAAAAAGAUUGUCAAGCACUAUCCUGUUUGCAACACGCAAUGGCUGAGGAGAUAUUUCCUCAAAUCAUGGGCGCAUCAACUGCAAAAGAAGCAUGGGAUACACUGCAGUUGGAGUUUCAAGGAUCUGUCAAGGUACGCACUGUUAAAUUGCAGAAGUUUAGAAGAGAUUUUGAAAAUCUUAAGAUGAAGGAUAUUGAGACUGCAAAAGAUUACUAUUCUAGAAUAAAAGAAAUAGUAAAUCAAAUGAGAGCCUAUAGGGAGACUAUUUCCGAUAAGAAAAUAGUCAAAAAAAUUCUAAUCUCUUGUACAGAGAGAUAUGAUCCAAUAAUUUCAGUGAUAGAAGAAACAAAGGGUCUAGAAACACUAUCACCAACUGAAUUGAUGGGCACUCUCGAGACAUAUGAAAAUAGGCGUGACAAGCAGAAUGAAAAUUCGGUUGAAGCUGCCUUUCAGUCUAAAGUUAAUUGGCAGUCUCAUAAAACAAAAGUUGAUGGAAGAAAGUCACAAGGAAAACCAAAAGAAAAUAAUGACAASUAUUCUUCAUGUGGUAUUUGCAAGAAGAGAAACCACUUGGAGAAUGAUUGUUGGUUCAAAGGAAAACCACAGUGCCAAAACUGUAAAAAAUUUGGCCAUAUUGAAAAAGUUUGUAGAUUCAAGAAAACCCAUCAAGCUAAUUUUUCAGAAAAGAAAAAUGAGGAAAAUAAUCUCUUUUGUGCUUGUCAUUCUGCAAUAGAAGAAAAAAAGGAUACUUGGUAUCUUAACCACAUGACUAAAAAUGAAAGCAUCUUUCAUAGUCUUGAUAAAAUCAAGACAAAAGUCAAAAUUGGUAACGACGACUUCAUGGAAGCAACCGGCAUAGGUACCAUUAUAGUUGACACCAAACAAGGCAAGAAAUACAUAAAUCAUGUACUCAAUGUGGGCCAAAUGAUAGAAAGAGGUUAUUCUUUACAUUUUGAGGGAAACUCUUGCACAAUCUAUGACAAGCAUGACAAGUCCCUUAAAAUUGCAUAA